GUCGUGAUGUAAACAGUUUCACAGCUACUGGAAAAUAUAUUGAAUUUUGCAAUAUUAUUGCUAAAAUCAGUGUACAAAGGUCUUCAAAUGACAACCCACUAUGUAAUUAAAAGGGGAAAGUAUCUGGACAACCUAUGAGAGGCGUGUAUGGCGCGAAAUGGAGGUGAAGUUCUCCAGAAGAAGAACUCUAAACUUGAAGCAUUUUUGAAACGAAAUUUGGACGCUCAUCUUUUUGAAAGAAUCAGAGCUUACGAACCAUGUAUUGUUGUAUCUGAGAAGGAGAACAAGGCAUUCAAAUAUGUUUUCAUCACAGAUGAAUUGAUCUACUUAACAGAAAACCCUCCAAAGAAUGUCUCAGAAGAAGUUCACUUCAAAAGUGUUGUAUCAACUGAGUUGGUUAAUGAAUUCCCAGAUUUUCUUAGUGGAGAGGAGAGGGAGAAUACUCAACAUAUCGCCAUAAAAUAUCUCACAAAUCUACCUGUUAAAAGGAAAAAAUCGAGAGAUGAAAAAGCCAAAACUCAUAAGUCAUCCAGUGAUAUUGAUGAUGAAAAAGAAUUACAUAAUAAACUCAGCGAUGAAAAAAACCUUUCAAAGUCUAUGACUGCCCUAAGCCUUGGAUGUAGGAAUGCCAAUAUUUCAGAGAAUGGUAAACUUGAUAAGAAAUUUGCUAGCAAGACAUUUGAUCCAAAUGUCUUACGUAUAAAAGAAGAGCAUUUUAACUCAAACUCGCUAUCAAAUUCUCUGCCAAGCCAACAAAUAAAGAAACUAGGACUAGGCAGCCAUGAUGUUGACUUUAAGGAACACCUACGCACGCAUAAACAUAAGAAAGAGCAUAAUGGAAAAUCUUUACCUAUCCGUCCACUCCCGCCAAGAUCUCCCGCAGGUUCAGGAGAUGCCUCUGAUUUUCAAAGUGACUCCAAUGAUCUCAAAACUUUAAGUAAUGGUAAAAGCCAUAAAAAGCGCCGUUCCCUUCCCAGUCCAGAGAUUGCAGACAACAGUGAUGCCAGUAACGAACACAUUCCUAAGAUAAUUCUACAUCAUUCCUAUGGUGGUGAGCUCUCCAUUCCUGUUGAUGAAGAGUUCAAUGCUAACAAGUCCAUGAGUAAAGUGAAAGGAUUCUUUGCCAAAUUAUCACCCAGAGGUGGAAAGAAAGGAUAUGAUUCAGAAGAUGGUGACAGUCCCCGUAGUACCAGCACUGAAAUAGAAGACCAUGUAUUCCAAGAUGAAAGCCCUGUAGAGACCAAAGAAUGUGUCCUCCAUUUGUAUGUUAUCAGUACCAGCUCACAUCUACUUAUGUUCAUCAAAAGUGCCUGGAACAACUAUCUCAUUAGGGGAACUUUAGAACUUGAUGAUGACUUUGUUCAUACACCUGGAUCAAUAUCUCCCAGAGGUGGCACAACACCAAAUGAGAAGCUAGACCUUUUAUUCAGUCAGUUAAAGAGAGAGUUGCUUGAGGCUGCUAAUGGUCUAGAGGAUGUCUUCAACCUCAUCAAUGAACUUAAACUCGCUGCAGUUAGGCACCUGUAUCUCAAGAAACUAUUCUGGAAGAGUCCUGAGUUGUUCCAGUUCUUAGUGAAACAACUGACCAUAUAUCUCCCCAGAGCCUCCAAACUUGACAUGACUACGCAGCAGGGUAGAAACCAGAGGGCGGAUGAGUAUGAAUUGGUGAUAAUAAUUAUUGAAACACUAUCAUUGAUGUUUCGCGAGACGGAAGUUCUACCACUCAGAAUUAGCUGUCUCAAGGUGAACAAAGGCCAGACUCUACGAGAACUUGUCAAAGUGAUUGUUAGUACCCCCGAGGUCCCACCACGCUACAGUCCUCCCUCCAAGAAAGCAGCACGCCUGUUACGCCAGUCAAAAGCUGACCAAUGGAAAAUGGAAUCUGAUAUUGAACUUGCCAAUUUGGUGAAAGAAAUCACAGAAAAUGCUGUUGUUGUCAUAUUUGAGUUGAUCCUUAUUGCCAAGGCCAACUGGGGAGGUUCAGGAAUAAAUUUCUUCAAUAUUUGCUGGCUGGUUGAACAAAUUGAAGAGGAAGCUUCACAGGCUGAGCAGCUCUUGAACCGUGUUGUAAACGAGAGUAUGUCCUUGAUUGCUCCAAACUCCAUCUCUGAGCUGUCCCCCAAACAGGCUGUCAUCCUGACGAGGCAGUUCACCAUUCUACACACUGUCGUUGAAUACAGCAAGCCACUGAAACACUAUGUGAGAGAGAACUUCAGGGAGGAAUUCAAAUACUUCAUACAGUCGCGGAUAAUACAUGAAAAGUUGCCUAAAAGAUACCCUAUAAGCCAAAAAUGUAAGGAACUCAUCCAACAAGUUACUAGCCAAGUCCUGGGAAAACAAUUUGAACUAACAAUAGAGAACUGAAACUCCUUUGCAUCAAAAUGAGUACAAUUUUAGUACUACGAAUACUUUAUAUUAGGGUGAGAUUGCAUAGGAGGAACUCACGAGAGCUUGUACCAAGACGACACAAUAUUGAGAUUAAGAAAUAUGUGAGUUAAGAAAUAGGUGCCAUGAUUAUUCAUUAAAUAUCAAAGGCCUUAGCCCCUUUGGGGAGAUGUUCCACUUUGGGUGAUUGAUAGUGGACUCAUUGUUUGAAGUUAAGUCCUUUUUUAUUAUACAUUGUAAAUCAGAUACUUUCUACAACAGAUUUAUUUACCUACAAUAUUAUACAUAAUAUAACAGAUAUUC